ACUACCCCAAUGUCCUUGCUGUCUUAAAGACGCCCCGAUUAUGCCUUCCUCUUCCCCUGAGACACUUGUGAAAAUUGGCUUGGAAGAAUUAUAUGGAUAGAAAAUCAACUUUCAUGGGGAUUUCCAGGAGAAAAAAGACUAAAUAAGGCAACCAAGUGUGUAGCGAAAGUGCGACUGAGAUUAGGCAGCAAGAUUUCCCUCAUAGCCUUCUUUCUCCCCCCCGCCUUCACCGAAGCGGAUGAAAACAAACACUGAGGAUGGCGGCGCCGGGAGCCGACGGACUGCUGGGCUUAAGGCUGAAGUGAUCGCCUGAGCUGGGAGGGGAGCCCUGAGAAGGUCUGGUCGACGUGAGUGAGCCAACUCCCAUAGUUCUGGGAGCGAAACACCCGGGCCUACGAGCCACGAGCCUCCUGCGGCGUGAGGUAUCUCUGCGACCGGUGCUGUCACUGCAGCCCCAGAGCGCCGAGCCCUCAGCCAGGAGGCGCGGCUGGCUGGCCCCAGGCCCCGGCCUCCGUAAUGAGAGCCCCGAGUCACUCUCUGUGCCGCAGCGUCGCAGGUGAGGGUGACUGUUGACUAGUGAAAAAAGGGACCCAAGGUUCACGGCUAUCUUCUUACUGGCAGCGGAACGACCUGUGGAAACCUGCGACCCAUUCUCAUUAAAUAAAUCUCUGGGUGGUAUAACUCUGGCUGCCAUACUCCAUGUACUUUACUGAAGAAUACUUUUGAAGUUUUGAGAAUGACUUGCCAACCUACCAACCUUGCCAUGAUAGAUGACAGCCGUCGUUGGUGCUCCUGCAGGAUUCAUCUAGCCUCUGAGAUCAAGGAUCACUUGCCUCUGGGGUUUUAUGCAAAGGACUGUGUUUCCACCUGCCCAUAAGCUGCACCGUUGAGAGAAGUUACUUGUAUCUCGUAUCUCAUAAGAACAGGAGCAUUGACCAAAGUGUAAUUAUUCCUAUAGGCAAUGGAAACUGAUCUCAAUUCCCAGGACAGGAAGGACCUGGACAAGUUCAUUAAGUUUUUUGCCCUCAAGACUGUCCAAGUGAUUGUCCAGGCUCGGCUGGGCGAGAAGAUUUGUACUCGUUCAUCCUCAUCCCCAACGGGUUCAGAUUGGUUCAACUUAGCAAUCAAGGACAUCCCAGAGGUUACACAUGAAGCAAAGAAGGCACUGGCAGGGCAGCUGCCGGCUGUCGGGAGGUCUAUGUGUGUGGAAAUCUCUCUCAAGACUUCUGAGGGAGAUUCCAUGGAGCUGGAAAUUUGGUGUCUUGAAAUGAAUGAAAAGUGUGAUAAGGAAAUCAAAGUAUCCUACACGGUAUACAACAGGCUGUCUUUGCUCCUGAAGUCUCUCCUUGCUAUAACUAGGGUGACACCAGCCUACAGACUCUCCAGAAAACAAGGGCAUGAAUAUGUCAUAUUGUACAGAAUAUAUUUUGGGGAAGUUCAGCUGAAUGGCUUAGGAGAAGGCUUCCAGACAGUUCGUGUUGGAACAGUGGGUACCCCUGUGGGCACCAUCACUCUUUCUUGUGCUUACAGAAUUAACUUGGCAUUCAUGUCUACCAGGCAAUUUGAGAGAACCCCGCCUAUCAUGGGGAUUAUCAUUGAUCACUUUGUGGACCGUCCCUAUCCCAGCUCCUCGCCCAUGCACCCGUGCAAUUACAGAACCACUGGUGAGGACACUGGAGUUACGUAUCCAUCUGUGGAAGACUCUCAGGAAGUGUGUACCACCUCUUUUUCCACCUCUCCUCCAUCCCAGCUAAUGGUUCCCGGGAAGGAAGGCGGGGUACCGCUUGCUCCCAGCCAGCCUGCCCACGGUGCCCAGGCUGACCAGGAGAGAUUGGCAACCUGCAGCCCUUCUGAUGGGGCCCGCUGUGCUGCCACACCUUCCAGCAGCGAGGAUACUGAAACCGUGUCAAACAGCAGUGAAGGACGGGCCUCCCCUCACGAUGUCCUGGAGACCAUCUUUGUCCGGAAAGUGGGCGCUUUUGUCAACAAACCAAUCAACCAGGUGACCCUGACCAGUUUAGACAUCCCCUUUGCCAUGUUUGCCCCCAAGAAUUUGGAGCUGGAGGAUGCCGAUCCCAUGGUGAACCCUCCAGAUUCCCCAGAGACUGGAUCUCCUCUCCAAGGCAGCCUGCACUCCGAAGGGUCCAGCAGGGGCAGCAGUGGCAAUACCCAUGAUGACUUUGUGAUGAUCGACUUUGUCGAGGCUCAACUGGAUUUCUCUUGUUUUUUGAAGAAACCGGCGUUUUCUAAAGACGACAUUCUUCCAAUGGACUUGGGGACCUUCUAUCGUGAAUUUCAGAACCCUCCUCAGCUAAGCAGCCUCUCCAUAGACAUUGGCGCGCAGUCCAUGGCUGAGGACUUGGACUCAUUACCGGAGAAGUUGGCUGUACACGAGAAGAAUGUCAGAGAAUUUGAUGCCUUUGUAGAAACCCUGCAGUAAAAGUUGGUGUCCUCGAGUAUCAGCAGCAUCCCCUUUUUUGUGGUCCCUGGGGACAGAGAGCUGCCUUAUCAGCUGUUCCCAUUCCUCAUCCUGCUCCAAGCUGGUGGAAGGGAGGACCCCCGUGGAGGGCCCAGAAAUCCUGCUCUUGUACCUCCUGGAGACUCCACGGCUGUAGUCAAGCCCAGUAAUAGCAUGUGAGAGGACUCACCCUCUGGCCUUGGAGAUGGAAAAACCCUCUGUAACAAACGGGUCCUCAGCGGGGCCAUCUGCUUACACUGUCCAUCCCCAACUGCUUCACAAAGGGUGGCAUCCUAUCUGCCUGCAGCCGGCCUCCUGCCCUGGGUUGGCCCUGCAGCUGGCCACUCACCUGCCAUUACUGUCAGCCACUUGACAUUCCAGCUGGUGGCCCAGAGACUGGUGUGGAGACAGAAAGAAGAAGGAGACAGUGCUGGGAGGAGAGAAAGAAGGGGUCCUUUAGGCUCUCUUUGUUUCCUUUAGUUCCAGGCAUUUUCUUCCUCUUUCUCUCCCCGUGUCUCCUCUCUGCCCCCUAUGCCUGUACUUUUGGCAGUAUGACAGGCCUGCCUGCCCAAGAUGAUGAGAACUCCAAAGCCAGCCAGCCCCACUGUUGAAGGUUGUGCCAGUCCAUCUCUUAUCACAGGCUCCGAGCAGCCCCCGUGGCUGCCUGUGUUCAGCUCUCAGCUACACAUGAAGUGAAAACAGAAUCCUCCAUCUCUAGAAUUCUGUCACUGGGAGUCAUGGCAAAGGUUCUUCUCUUUUCCUCUCCUCCCGUAGCUGUUUCUUGGUUAUAGACUACAGUACGUAUUUAUUACUUUCAGAGAAGUCAGAUACUUUAUAGAGAAAAUAUGUUUGAGGUUAGCUGUUUUCACUUGGGGAAGGGGGAGGGCCUCUUCCUGGAGCAGGGGCCUCCUCCUGUGGAGGUUCCUCAGAAUCCGGAUUGCUGCUCUGAGGGUCCUCCUUUCCAUGACAUAAGAGAUGGGAUCCAAGAAUGGGGCUGGCUGAGGGCAAAGUAGCCUCCCACAGUUUCUGCAUUCGAACUGACCACAGGCUUUACCUUGGACACCUCCACAUUCCUGGUGAGAACCAUGAGUCUUUACAGCAUCUGCAGAGUUGACUGACUCCGUUCUGGCAGCCCGGGAAGUCUUGGGUGCUAAAUGUGAUGAUUCCCUAGAGCUGGGCCACAUGCAGUGCCCAGGGGCAUUGGGUGUGCCUUGCAGUGGACUAGAGAAGGCCAGACAUCCCUGCUGCUGGUGUACUUGCUCCUGAUACUUGGAGCUGGGCUGUGAACCUCUUCCGCCUUCCACCUGGGCCUGGCCACCACUUCCCUUUAAUCCCAGGGCCUGCACACUGUCCUGGGGUUCACUAGUUGGAUUGGUUCCUUCUUGAGAAACCAAAGCUGGGCAUAUGAUUGACUUAACCCUUCAGCUAUUGUUACUUGAUUAAGUCAAGUGCCUAGCUUAACCCACCUGUCAUCUGUCCCUCUCCCAGCGUAACUAGUAGCCCUGGCCAAGGAGACUCGGCCUGCCCCAUUCCUCCUGGCCCACCUGGGGUGUUCAUUGGCAGCAGCUGUUCUUCAGUGGAGCAGGUGGCUCUCAAGUGCUUGUUAAUAAACCGCAUGUGACAUGUUCCCACCUACAAGGCUGACCUCAAGGCUGGACAGGGCUCUGCAGUCUCAGCUGAGGCUGACCCUGGCCUCUGCAUGCACUCUGCUGCCACAAAGAAAUGAUCCCAGCAAUGGUGUCCAAUGGCCAGGGCACUUCUCUGUGGUGGCCACACACACAGUCUGUUAAACCAAUCCACAUUUACCCCCCACGCUCCAGGGCUGAAAAAGGUAGAGACCCUGGUAAGUUAUUGAUAGUCCCCCACCUCAGCUCUCUUUUCGAGGCCUUGCAUGGAAAGGCCUGUUAGUCGCUGUCCCAGACAGUCCUCUUCGAGUCCUACUUGUUGGCCUGUGCAGGCAGCAGCCUUUCUCCAGGACCCACUAGUGAGAGGCUGGGGAGGCCGAACCCUGACUUGCAGCUGAGUCUGAGAGCAGCAAAGCAACUGUCGAGGCCAGCCCUUGCCCCUCAGCCAGGUACAAUUAAAGGUAUGAGCCCUAGACUGACUUCACCCUGGGACAGGGCUGGGACCAGACAUCUGUCUACAGGUGACAGUGUCCCUUCUCUAGCCUACCUUGUUUGGAAAUACUGAGCUGCAAUUUAGAAUGUAUUCAAGAGAUUUCCAAUAAAUUUUUUUCUGUACUUUAA